AUGUCAACACAGAACAUUUCAACUAUACGACCAUCAGAGUUUAUUUUAAUUGGAUUUCCUGGAAUGGGCAAUGAUCAGCAAUGGCUUUCUGUUCCAUUUGCUCUUCUCUAUUUUUUGGCCAUUGCUGCAAAUAUUUUAAUUAUAUCUGUUGUGAAAGUUGAACAGAACCUACAUUCUCCAAUGUAUCAGUUUCUUUCAGUAUUAUCUGUUGUAGAUCUUGGUCUUUGCACAACAACAUUACCCAAAAUGUUACAAAUAUUUAUUACUAAUCAGAAAUCCAUUACUUUUGAAGGUUGUUUUGUUCAGAUGUUUUGUGUACAUUUUUUUUCAACUGUUGAAUCUUCGGUUCUUGUUAUAAUGGCCUAUGACAGAUAUGUUGCUAUUUACAAUCCGUUACGUUACACAACAAUACUGACAAAUGCAUUUUUGGUAAAAUUUUUUUCAAUACUAGUUUUAAGAGACUUUAUUUUAACUGGUUUAAUACCAACCUUAGCUUCAAGAUUGCCUUACUGUGCAUCAAACCUCAUUUCACACUGCUAUUGUGACCAUAUGGCCGUUGCAAAGCUGGCUUGUACCAAUAUAUCGAUGAACAGUUACUACGGACUUUUUGUAGCAUUUUCAGUUUUGGGCUUGGAUGCAUUGUUUAUUACUUCCACCUAUGUAAUGAUCUUGAGAGCAGUGCUAAAGCUAGGAUCAAAAGCUGCACGCUUAAAAGCUUUAAACACAUGUGGUUCUCAUUUGUUUGUUAUUCUUUACUUUUACAUAACUUCAUUUUUUAACUUUUUAGUUUAUAGAGUUGGACAAAACAUUCCUCCUCAGAUUCAUAUUACGUUUGCAGUAUUAUAUCUUCUUGUACCCCCAGUGUUAAAUCCACUUGUCUAUGCCAUUCGAACCAAAGAAAUCAGGCAUGCUUUUGUUAAACAUUUCUUGAAAAAACAGGUUAACUCAUCAAAUGAACAGUAA